GCUAAGCCGUGUAUGUGUCUGUCGUACUUGCUGUGGUGCAGACUUGCCUUGCCUCGAUAGCCUUCCACCACUCAGGCAGCUGGCUGCGCCGCUGUGUUUCAACAGCAGCUGCUGGGCUCCACAAUCUUUAAGUAUCUCUUUCAGUGACUGAGGAUUUCCUGCCCCUUGGAGGAUUCCCUCUCAUUUUGACUUAAGUAGGCUGAGAAAAAGAGACAGAUUGUAGAAGGAGAGGAGGACACAGCGGGCCGGGAGUGACCUUCGGUGUUGUGGUAAGAAGAGGAGAAUCGGUAACGUGCGGGAUCCAUCAGGAGGUGGAUGAAAGCGAGAGAGACGGAGAAGGAAAGACAGAACUAUCCUGGCGUAUUUACCUGAGAGUGCAUCUCUCGUCACUCAAGACGUAUCUGAACCUGAAGCAGGUGAAGCUGGAGCGCUACCGGACCUCCACUUUCACAGCAUGUCCAUCGCUCCAGUGUAUAAGGGGCUUUGUCCUUCUUUGAGGAACAACAACAUGGACACCAGGUGUGGUGAAGACCAGAUCUCCGUGGGUGUGUGUGGGAUGUUGUGUCAGGGCUGAAACCCAUCCCUCUCCCAUGAGCCUGUGUGCCCACACACACACACACGGCGCCUCGACGCACGCACUCGGCGCCCACGCACCCACAGCCGGCACCGACGCUGUGAACUGGACCCUCGGAGCCCGGCGGAGCCCAGCCGAGCCAAGCGGAGCCGAGUCUAGCCCACUUGGAGCCUGAGGAUGUCAACAGAGACAGAGCUACAGCCAGCGGUCAGGCCCAGCAGCGUUAGACGGGACUCCAGGAGGAAAGGGCAGGAUCGCAGUGAGGCAGCUCUCAUCAGGCGUUUUAAGGGCGAUGGCGUCCGCUACAAGGCCAAACUCAUCGGCCUGGACGAGGUCACCGCCGCCCGCGGAGACAAGCUCUGCCAGGACUCAAUGAUGAAACUCAAGGGUAUAGCGGCUGCAGCGCGGUCUAAAGGAGAACACAAGCAGAAGGUGUUUCUAACCGUUUCCUUUGGAGGGAUCAAGAUCUUUGAUGAGAAGACGGGGAUCCUCCAACACCACCAUGCAGUCCAUGAAAUCUCCUACAUUGCCAAGGACAUCACGGACCACAGAGCCUUCGGUUAUGUCUGCGGGAAGGAGGGAAAUCACAGAUUUGUGGCCAUCAAAACUGCACAGUCGGCCGAACCUGUGAUUCUGGACCUGCGGGACUUGUUCCAGCUCAUUUAUGACAUAAAGCAGAGAGAGGAGAUGGAGAAGAAGGCCCAGAAAGACAAGCAGUGUGAGCAGGCCGUCUACCAGACGAUACUGGAGGAGGACCUGGAAGACCCGGUCUACCAGUACAUUGUGUUUGAGGCCGGACACGAACCCAUCCGUGACCAAUCAGAGGAAAGCAUUUAUCAGGUGCCCACCAGUCAGCAGAAGGAAGGGGUCUAUGACGUCCCAAAGCGACACCCCAACAUCAGCCAGUUAGAGAUUUUCGGAGACAUGUCCACGCCGCCUGACAUAACCUCCCCGUCUACCCCGGCGUCCCCCGCCAACACCCUCGACCCCUCGCAGGGCCUGCAGCCGCCUACGGAACUGUUCGCUCCCUUCAAUCCUGCGUCCGUGCCCUCAGGUUAUGUGACGAUGGGAGCAGUACCUUCUGGCCAUUGGUCCCAGCAGGCGUUUGCUGCCCAGACGCCGCUAGCCUUCGGGGUCCAGUCUCCUCUGGGCCCCGUAGCCCAGGUGAUACCGGGCGGGCAGCCUCUGAUCUGGGGCCAGGCCAACAUCUUCCCCGCAACCCAGCAGCAGUGGGCCGCCAUGACGGCUGGAGCCUUCUCCCCGACAGCCUACCUCCCAGCCCAACCCGUGGGGGCUCUGCCGGCUGCGAUGUUCCAGACGCUCGCCCCGGUCACCACCGUGACUCCGGCCAGCGAGAGCCAGUUGGGCGCCGGGGCCGGCGCCUCCGCUCCGUCCCCGUCGGCUUCUUCGAGUCCACAGCACGGAGAGGGGCCGAAGAAGAUGGGCAAGGAGAUGUUCAAGGAUUUCCAGCUGGCGAAGCCUCCAGCCAUGCCGUCCAAGAAGGGCGAACAGCCCAGUCUAACGGGAACCUCAGAGGCGUUCAGCUCUUACUUCAGCCGCGUGGGCACCGCCCAGGACACGGACGACUGUGACGACUUCGACAUUUCCCAAAUGAACCUGACGCCGGUCACUUCCACGACGCCGUCCACCAACUCCCCUCCUACGCCGGCUCCCAGGAAGGGCUCCCCAUCCAAGUCCUCGGCUUCUCACGUCAGCGACCCGCCCACGGACGCCACAGACCCGCCCACGGACGACUCGUUCGGGGAAGCGGAGGGCAGCCCCAGUCGUAGCGGGGAGGAGGACGCUGCGUGUGGUUCUGGGUCACCCUGCCCCAGUGAGACAGCAGAGCCCAGCCCAGAACAGGCCAGUCCAGAGGCUGGGAGCUAGAUGGCAGCAGGGCAGGAAGGGGAAGGAUCCUCUCUACGCCCAGAUCAACAAGGGGAAGAAAUAAAGAAAUACCCAGGAAAACAGACCUGACCAGCACUGAGUGAACAGGAGGAGAACCCUUUACCUCUGAGCGUGCGUGCGCGUGUGUGUGUGUUUGCGUGUGCGUGCAUGUCUGGCACAUCCCGGCCUGACCAAGCCCUUCAUCUUCUUUUCCUGCUAACAACCUCCCAGGAGGAGCUUCAACACUCCCACACGCCUCCUCCUCCUCCUCCUCUCUGCAGUUGUUCCUCCUCCUCAGAGGAGCGAGCCCUCUCAGUCAUUCUCCACAGGCAGGAGGCACAUCCAUCACCCAGACAGGUCCAGCUCUCCCUCCGCCGCGCUGUCUUCUCCGCUCCUCUCUCCUCUCCCCUUCGGCAACUCACACCCAGCCUUACGGACAUGAGCCACUCCUCUCCCUUCUUCCUUUCCCUCCCUCCGUCACUUUCACACCCUUUCCUCUGCCUAUCGCGUCUGACCAGAGACUCUGCUGCCUGGAAGAGACUGAGUCGAGUGCCUCCCUGUUUGUGACACGCACGCACGCGCACACACUCCGCACUCGUCGUGUGUAACGGACAGAACCUGCAUCCGUCUAGCGAGGCGAUCCCUCGGGGAGGUGCCCAGACUCUUAGGGAUGGCCCGUUACCCGGGGGGGGGGAGGGGGAUCACUGCUUCUGAUUGGUUGGUUGAUUGAUUUUUGGGUAUUUUCUGCCCCUUGCUUGUGAGUGUCUGCUGGAUCACUAUGCAGAAUCACUCUCUGGGAGCUACUCACACACCAACACACAUCCUUUGCACACAGCAGUGAGCCUACAUGCAAAGACACACACACCCACACACACAUGCACACACACAGAGCCAUGCCACACCUUGUGUAACAUGCGUACGCGCAGUAAUUUGCCAAACGUCUCUGCGACGCACAGCCAGACUGGUGAACCGGACCGCUGGUGGAGGAAUGGACCCCGGGAGGGACAAGUUGAAACGGAUUCUGUGAUUGAACUCUUCAUUCUCUAUAGCUUUUGUACAAUAAUGAUUUAAAAAGUAAAAAAGAGAGAUCAACCUGGGAAAAUUUAAUUUUUAUUUUAUAAAGUCAAUCAAGCCGCUGGAGUCAGCUCUACCGGGUAAUAUAGAGUCAACAUGGCUUUAAGGCAUCUGAGCGUUGAUUUGCCAAAACUCAUUUUUGUAAAUAAUGAGAAGGACAACCAUUCUGUCCGCUGGACAUCUGUGCCAUAAAAUGGGAAGGCUUCGGUUAUGCAAGACUCUUGAUGUUAAUCCAAGCAAUACCAACACACAGUGCCUUGCAGAGGUAUUCAUACACCUGACUUUUGUUUGGUUUUUUUUUCUUUUUAACACUUUGUCUCCUUACAACCGCAAACUUUAUCGUAUCUUGUUGCGAUUCUAUGAGACAGACCAACACGAAGUAAUGCAUAUUUGUGAAGUAGAAGGAAAAGAUGACAUUAUUUUUAAGUUUCGCCACCAAUUUAAACCUGAAAGGUUGUGCGUUUGUGUCUUACCUCCCAUCUACCGGGUUCCCCCAGUAUAAAAUCUGGCGCUACUAGUUGCUUUCAAAGGUUCACUCAAAUGAAAACAAAUUCAUGUAAAAGGUGGUUUCUACUGAAUUUGCACUCAGCUCUUACUCUCACAACCCAAAUUAAGACUGUUUGCCUUUAGAAGUCACCUGAUUAGGGAAUAGAGUCCUGGCAGAGGCGAUGCCACAAAGUAUUCAGUCCCCUUCACCCAUUUGCCUGAAUAAAAUCUAGUCCGUUUAAUUGAAAGUAUUUGUGUCCAGCUCCCAAUGCUGUUCAUCCAUUAGAUGUCACCUAAUUAGUAAAAUGGUUCAGCAUUGUUAUUCCACGCUGAGCAGAUUAGGUUUUUAAUAGUAAGCACAAAAGCUGAAAACCACGUUUACCUUUUCCUUCCACAUUCAUGCAUUAUUCCGUGUUGACGUAUCGCAAAACAUAUCCCCUCUGCUCCCCACUUCCCCAAUAUGUUUUGAGGUUUGAGGUUGCAAUGUGACAAAAUGUCAAAACAUCCUGUGUUGUGAAUAUUUUUGCAAAGCACUGCAUGGUUUUUUUUCUUUCUCUCCCAGUUUGCUUUGUUUUGUUUUGCAGCUUCAGCUCUGCGUCGUUUUUUUUUUUUUUUUUGUGCAGCGUUUUAAAUGAGAGCCACUCGGUGAUUUCCAGCUCCGGAGUCGCGCGUCACCACCCCGCUUUGUCUUCUGAGGUCCCGUCACUGCAGAUUACGUUUAUGUCCAAAGCAUAUUAGCUUCUACAGUUUGUGUUUGCGCCCAACACCCUCCUCUCCGUGGCACAGGCCUGCGCUUUUUCAACCACAAAACAUUCAUUAUUGUGUUGCAGGCAGCACCGACUGACUGCAGCCAUGUCUGCGGGCCUCCAUCAUCCAUUGCCCCCGUUUGGUCAGGUGCCGAAUCCCCCCCAACCCCACCCCCCACCGCUACAGCUUCGUUAACUGUGAUGCCAAUAUAUCCCUAUUUUAUGGCCAGUGUCCCCACGCCACUCAAAAGCUCUUUUUGGACUUGGGAUAACAAACUAGACAAACUCUGACACUACUAGAAGGUGAGGAAAGAAGCUGAAUUAAAAACAAAGGGAACCGUUGCUGUUUGAGUACAUAACAUUUCUAGACCUAUUUUAACUUUACCUCAGCUAACACUUUCUUAAUGUAAAUUGAAGCAUUAUUUUUAUCUUUAUUGAAUAUGACAUUCUACAGUGGGUUUUUAGAUUAUUAUUUUUUUCUUUUUUUCUGGGGGUUCUAUCUUGAUUUACGUAUUCCACCCUGUAUUAUUACCUGUUACAAAUAAACACUCCCCAAAUGA